CUAUGUGCUUCUCGAGUCCAGCUUCGUCUCAUAAAGUCAGAUUCUCAUUCCUCCAGCAUCACUUUCCUUUUCGUCUAGUCUACUCAUUCUGUGUUGAUUCCUGUCAUUUGAUAUUUCACCAUUAGCGUUUGUCCAAUCCUUAUCACGCUCACCUUUCGCGAAUCUCUCAUCGUUCCUUCCAAAUUAUUAUCCCUAUAGAUAGCAGCACUCACUUCCAGGCAGACGCUAUGUCUGACAACAAAUCCCCGUUCCAAGAAGGGAUCGAGGAGGAUGCGGUCCUCGAGCAGUUUGGGUACCAGCAGGAGCUCAAACGCCACUUCUCCCUCCUUGGCAUGGUAGGCUUCAGUUUCAGUAUCGUCACGUCCUGGACCGCGCUCGGGGGCGUCCUGAUCAUCGGCGUGGAGUCGGGCGGGCCUCCCGUAAUGAUUUGGAGUUGGGUCGGCGUCUCGAUCCUGAGUCUUGCUGUCGGAUGUAGCCUGGCAGAGAUGUGUAGCAAGUUUCCGCUUGCUGGCGGUCAGUACUCGUGGGUGGCAAUUCUUGCCCCCAAAUCAGUAGCUAAAGUGAUGAGCUACAUUUGCGGUUGGUUCAUGUUGAUCGGCAUCCUUGCCAUGGGGGCGGUCAACAACUUUGUUGGCGCGAACUUCAUUCUGGGACUCGCCGCGUUGUUCAAUGAAGGAUACGUCAUUGAAAGAUGGCAUACCGUUUUGUUAACCUGGCUCAUUUGCAUCUUUGCGGGGAGCGUUAAUCUUUUCGCUACUCGGCUGCUGGACAAGAUCUCCAAGUUCAUCCUCGUCUGGAACAUCUCCUCCUUCGUCAUUGUCGUUAUCACUAUUCUCACGAUGCAGAAAGACAAGCAACCAGCCUCCUUCGUCUUCACCGAGUUCCAUAAUAGUACAGGGUUCAAUCCUGCCUUCGCUGCAAUCAUCGGUGUUGUCCAGGCACUCUUCGGCCUGGUCUGUUAUGAUGCACCUUCAAAGAUGACCGAGGAGCUGAUGGAACCGCGCCGUCAAGCCCCACAUGCAAUUAUAUGGUCCGUCUGUAUUGGCGCAUUCACCGGCUUCAUCUUCUUGGUAUCUCUAUGCUUUUGCAUGGGCGACAUUGAAGCAACUGCCAAUUCGGUCACCGGCUCUCCUUUGAUUCAAAUCUUUUACGAUUCCACGGGCUCGAAGGCUGGCGCCGGCGGACUGACCAGUCUGAUUGUGGUGAUCGUCGUGUUCUGUGCGAACAGCUUGUUAGCGGAAGGUUCUCGAGCGGUCUGGGCAUUUUCAAGGGACCGCGGGUUACCGUUCUCUGGCGUCUUCAGCCGAGUAUCGAGUACCAGUAAAAUCCCCGUGAACGCAAUCCUUCUUACGAUGGUAGUGCAAGCCGCGUUCAACGCCAUUUACUUCGGAAACCUUACGGGCUUCGAAACGGUCAUCACCAUAUCGACUGAAGGGUUCUAUGUGUCAUACGCCCUACCGAUGAUUGCGAGGCUCCUUUCAGUCGUUCUACACGGUACUCCCGAAGUAAUUUUCGACGGACCUUUCCGGCUACCACGCGCCUUGAGUAUCUUUCUCAAUGUUGCCGCUCUCGUGUACGUCCUUUUUGGCGUCAUCACGUUCAACCUCCCGACCGUUUCACCCGUGGAUGCGGACAAUAUGAACUAUACCCCUGCGGCUAUCGGGGCCAUAAUGCUGAUCGCCGGAGUAAACUGGUUUUGGCUGCAACGCGGCAAGCGGGAAGGAUUCCGUGGCCCCGACGAAGGACGCGUUAUGAGCGUAAUCGAAGGCAGCGCCCUGGAACCAUCGCAAGUGGUUGCAUCGGACUCGGCUACGGAGCACAAAACUAAAUGAGGGCAUUGAGUUUUAGGAACAGUGAGCCUCAGUGGCUGACAUAGCGUGUCGAUAGCGUAGUAUAGAACUAUGCACAUUGCACAAGCAAUAACGGCAAUGGUAUGAAGAUCAUAAUGUUAUUGCUGAUAGAGACCGACUGUUCAUAUGAACUAAUCCCUUGGUGAUGAUAUAGUAGACCGAGUGGUCAUAACUCAUAACUCCCGAACCAUGAAACGCCAUUCCAUCCAUCUGACCGACGACAUAGCACCGACGACAUAGCGUAGUAGC